AGUUUCCUCCCCAAUGACUUUAAAGGGGGGGGGGGCGGAAGAGAGGGGAUGGCCGCGUUGAGGCGACCGCACCGGAACCACGGCCCGCCCUCUCACAUGCCAUUCCCCUACAUGGUGCCACAGAGGCAGCCGACGGGUCCCGCCCCCUUUCCCCGCCACGAGCAACACGAGAGGCGCGUCCAAAGCAAACUUGGGCGUGUGUGUGUACAUAUGAUCACAUACACCGAUAUAGGCGCGCAAGGCAGCCAAGAGAGGUGAAGCACAGACAGAGGCCAGGAGGGCGGCGGGUGGGUGUGGACAGCCCCGCCUCUUCACGAAUUCUCAGGGCAGGAACCGCUCCCCCCUCUCCUCUCUAACCUCACCGCCCCUUCGCCGCUGACGCGCAGAACACACGCGCAGACCAAUCUAAGGCCACUUCACGCUACAGGGCCCCGUUCUAUUUAUGUUUUCAGCCUCUUGUUUUUGCAUAACCCCGCCCCUUCCCCGGCUUUCUAACUCAUGAGCCAGGCGGAUGGCCCGCCCUCAUGCCCACAUAUAGCCCGAGUGGGCGGAGCCUCGGCCUCCGGCGCCUUCUCGCUGGCUUCCUGGUGCCGUUUAUAGAGUACAGCCACUUCCGCUGUCUGCUUAGAAGCGGCGCGAUCAUGGCGGAGCGCGGUCAGCUCCCUCCCCCCGCCAAGCGCCUCUGCUGCAGACCUGGCUACGGCGCCGGGUGCAGGCCGGGCCAGCGGGUGGGCAGCGGCAGCAGUGAAGGAGGCGGUGGCGGGGCGCUCUGCGUUGCGGGUCCCUCCUCGGCUGCCACCGCUGCCGCCUCCUCCUCUGCUGCUGUCGCCUUCCCCCCUGCCCUCGCCGCCGCCUAUGCCGCGUUGGGGGUGCUGCCGCUGGGCAAGACGCAGAGCCCGGAGUCGCUGCUGGACAUCGCGGCGCGGCGGGUGGCGGAGAAGUGGCCGUUCCAGCGGGUGGAGGAGCGGUUCGAGCGCAUUCCAGAGCCCGUGCAGCGCCGCAUCGUCUACUGGUCUUUCCCCCGCAGCGAGAGGGAGAUCUGCAUGUACUCCUCCUUCAACACCGGCGCCGCCGCCGAGGACUCCGCCGCCAGCAGCAACACCUCAGCCGCCGCUCCCGGCGGGGGAUCUACCGCGGUCGGGUCCACGGGCACUGCCGGGGGCACCGCCUCUGCCGCCAACGCCGCAGCCAACAACAACAGCAGCAGCAACCCCAACAACACCGCGCCCGGCGGCGGAGGAGCAGCGGACGCCGCUGCCGACGAGAACCGCCUGCCCUUCCGCAGGGGUAUCGCUCUGCUCGACGGCGGCUGCGUCGACAACGUCCUGCAAGUCGGUUUCCACCUGAGCGGCACAGUGACCGAGCCUGCAAUGCAAUCGGAGCCAGAAACUGUUUGCAAUGUAGCUAUCAGCUUUGAUCGUUGCAAGAUUACCUCAGUGACCUGUAGCUGUGGAAACAAAGACAUAUUUUACUGUGCCCACGUCGUGGCGCUCUCUUUGUACCGGAUCCGCAAGCCAGAUCAGGUCAAACUGCAUCUUCCCAUUUCAGAGACUCUCUUUCAAAUGAACAGAGACCAACUACAGAAGUUUGUACAGUAUUUGAUCACAGUGCACCAUACAGAAGUUUUGCCAACUGCUCAGAAAUUAGCAGAUGAAAUUCUUUCUCAGAAUUCGGAGAUCAAUCAAGUUCAUGGUGCCCCUGAUCCAACAGCAGGUGCUAGCAUAGAUGAUGAAAAUUGCUGGCAUCUGGAUGAAGAGCAGGUCCAAGAACAGGUUAAACUCUUCCUCUCUCAGGGUGGAUACCAUGGAUCAGGGAAGCAACUGAAUUUGCUUUUUGCAAAGGUGCGAGAGAUGUUAAAGAUGAGAGAUUCAAACGGCGCUCGAAUGCUGACAUUGAUAACGGAACAGUUCAUGGCUGACCCUCGCCUGUCACUUUGGAGGCAACAAGGAACAGCAAUGACAGACAAGUAUAGGCAGCUCUGGGAUGAAUUAGGUGCUCUUUGGAUGUGCAUAGUCUUAAAUCCCCACUGCAAGGUGGAGCAAAAGGCCAGUUGGCUGAAACAGCUGAAAAAAUGGAACAGUGUUGAUGUUUGUCCCUGGGAAGAUGGAAACCAUGGAAAUGACCUGCCCAGUCUAACCAAUGCUUUGCCUCAGGGUGCAAAUGCGAUCCAAGAUUCAUCAAACAGGUCUCACCGGACAGUGUUCACUCGAGCCAUUGAGGCAUGCGAUCUCCACUGGCAGGACAGCCACUUGCAGCACAUUAUCAGCAGUGACCUGUACACCAACUACUGUUACCAUGAUGAUGCUGAAAACUCGCUCUUUGACUCUCAUGGGUGGCCCCUCUGGCAUGAACAUGUGCCUACAGCCUGUGCGAGGGUAGACGCAUUAAGGUCUCAUGGCUAUCCAAGAGAAGCUUUGCGGCUAGCAAUAGCAAUUGUUAACACUCUAAGGAGGCAGCAGCAGAAACAGCUGGAAAUGUUCCGGUUUCAGAAGAAAGAACUUCUCCACAAAGGAAUAACCUCUAUAACUAAUCUGGAAGGCUGGGUUGGGCACCCAUUGGACCCAAUUGGCACCCUUUUCAGUAGCCUUAUGGAAGCCUGCCGGGUGGAUAAUGAGAACUUCCAUGUGUUCUCAGAUUUCACAGAGAACAUGGGCCCAUGCAAAUCUCUGGAGUACUAUCAUCUGCCUGCACAUAAAUUCUUAGAAGAAGGGGAAUCUUACUUGACACUAGCUGUGGAAGUGGCAUUGAUAGGGCUGGGACAACAGCGAAUAAUGCCCGACGGCUUGUAUGCACAAGAGAAAGUUUGUCGAAAUGAGGAACAGCUAAUUUCCAAGCUACAGGAAAUCGAACUGGAUGACACACUGGUGAAGAUUUUCCAAAAGCAAGCAGUCUUCCUAUUAGAAGCUGGACCCUAUAGCGGUCUAGGUGAAAUCAUCCAUCGAGAGAGCGUUCCAAUGCACACAUUUGCCAAGUAUCUUUUCACCUCUCUCCUACCUCAUGAUGCUGAACUGGCAUACAAAACUGCACUGAGAGCAAUGCGGUUACUAGUAUUGGAAUCAACAGCUCCAUCAGGCGAUAUGUCCCGCCCACAUCACAUUGCAUCUGUAGUUCCAAACCGGUAUCCCCGUUGGUUCACCCUAAGUCAUAUUGAAUCUCAGCAGUGUGAGUUGGCAUCAACUAUGCUAACUGCAGCCAAAGGUGAUGUUCGAAGGCUUGAAACAGUGUUAGAAUCUAUCCAGAAAAACAUUCACUCCUCAUCACAUAUCUUCAAGCUCGCCCAGGAUGCAUUUAAAAUAGCAACGCUUAUGGACAGUUUGCCGGACAUCACCCUUUUGAAAGUGUCUCUGGAGCUGGGUCUUCAGGUUAUGCGCAUGACGUUGUCGACAUUAAACUGGCGGCGGCGGGAGAUGGUGAGGUGGUUGGUAACAUGUGCAACCGAAGUAGGUGUUUAUGCACUGGAUAGCAUCAUGCAAAGCUGGUUUACACUUUUCACUCCAACUGAAGCUACUAGUAUUGUUGCUACCACGGUGAUGUCCAACAGCACUAUAGUCCGUUUGCAUCUGGACUGCCAUCAGCAGGAGAAACUGGCCAGCAGUGCUAGGACGCUUGCUCUACAAUGUGCCAUGAAGGAUCCUCAGAACUGUGCCCUCUCUGCACUAACCUUGUGCGAAAAGGAUCAUAUAGCUUUUGAGACUGCUUACCAAAUUGUUCUUGAUGCUGCUGCAACCGGCAUGAGCUAUACGCAGUUGUUCACUAUAGCGCGAUACAUGGAACAUCGGGGUUACCCUAUGCGGGCCUACAAACUGGCCACGUUGGCCAUGACGCAUCUCAACCUGAGUUACAAUCAGGACACGCACCCUGCCAUUAACGAUGUUUUGUGGGCAUGCGCACUCAGCCACUCCCUUGGGAAAAAUGAGCUAGCAGCUAUAAUACCUCUGGUGGUCAAAAGUGUCAAAUGUGCAACAGUACUGUCGGACAUCUUGCGUAGAUGUACUUUGACCACUCCUGGCAUGGUGGGACUUCAUGGGCGGAGGAACUCUGGUAAGCUCAUGUCAUUGGACAAAGCCCCACUAAGGCAACUCCUGGACGCCACAAUUGGAGCAUAUAUUAAUACUACGCACUCUCGGCUCACACACAUCAGUCCACGGCAUUAUAGUGAGUUUAUAGAGUUCCUGAGUAAGGCCCGAGAGACUUUUUUAAUGGCUCACGACGGACACAUUCAGUUUACACAGUUCAUUGACAACCUAAAACAAAUCUACAAAGGCAAAAAGAAAUUAAUGAUGUUGGUUCGUGAACGGUUUGGUUGACAAAAAAAUUGUGUGAAUGGGGGUGGGGGGAAAGGAAUGGGAGGGUGAUAUGUUUUUACUUGAGCCUGCCUUUGUAUCCUUUUUAACUUAAAACAGAGCCACACCGGUAUUAUAUGUGUAUAGUUAUAUACUGAGUUUGCAAAUCUAAAUUGUCACGUUGUGAAAGUUUGUGUAUUUUUUUCUCUUUUCUUUUUUCUGUUUUUAUAUGAGAGAAUGAGAGGCUUAAAAGAAGAAAAAAAGUUUGGUUUACACUGAGUAUAUGUUGUCAAGUGGCAAAAGUCCACAGAGCUCUCCUGUUCUUUCUGUAUAUGUUCACAGCCUCAAAACAAAAAAAAAUCACAAAUAUAUUGCAAUGGCUUUAAAAAAAAAAAACCAAACAAAAACACCUCCAUCCUGUGAUAAGUACCUCGAAUGGCUCCAGCUUUACUCCUUUGUAACUCAUCCUGACAUUUCAGCUUAUUUAAAUGAACCAACCACAAACACAAAAUCCUGAUAGUUUCAAAGGCUGACCCACGUGGCUUUGCAGUGCUUGUUCAUCCAGAAGCAUGGCACACGAUGCUUGUGCAUGUGGAAACUUAGCGACUGUCAACAUACAUUCUCAGGGAUUUAUCUGAAAAAAAAAAUUAAAAGAAUGAGAGCAUUUAUUGUACUGUAUAUAUAUUAUAGUAUAUGUCGGAAUAUUGAGAAAAAAAU